GGGCAUCUUCCUCCGGCCAGAGGAAAAGCAGAGAGUAUGAAAGCCUAUCUAAAGAGCGCAGAAGGCUUUUUUGUCCUGAACAAAAGUACGACGAUUGGAAGGCACGAAGACUCAGACCUGGUUUUAGAGUCUAAGGACAUCGACAACCAUCACGCGCUCAUUGAAUAUAAUGAGGCCGAGAGCAGCUUCGUUCUCCAGGACUUCAAUUCCCGCAAUGGCACCUUCGUCAACGAUUGCCACAUUCAGAAUGUGGCGGUGAAGCUGCUGCCAGGAGACCGCCUGCGGUUCGGGUCCCAAGUGCUGACCUACGAACUCGUCAUCGGAAUGCCACCCCCGGUCUCCUUCCCGUGGAUGGGGGGUCCGGCACCUUGGCCCAGACCACAGCCACCUCGGUUCCCAGAGCAGCCGACCCACGCCCCUUUGCGGCCACAGACACCCUUCCAGCCGGGCGUGCGGCCAGCGCCAGUGCAGAAGAGCUGGUCCCAGGGCUUCCCCAGGCCGACCACGGCCCCGCCCGCCUGCCACAAGCGGCCCCUGAGCGCCUGCGGGAAGAUGUUCUCCUUCGUGGUGGAGGGCGCCCCCCAGUCUCCCGUCAUCAACCAAGUGUGGGCCAGCGCCGCGGAGCUGCUGGAGCAAUCGGUGGCCGAGGGCGUGCCCGGGGCAGCCCCUCCCGGGGAGUUUUAUGUGGACCCGGACCUGGCCCAGCAGGACAAGGAUGAAAUCAUCCUGCUGCUGGGAAGAGAAGUCAACCGCCUCUCGGAUUUCGAGCUCGAAUCCAAGUACAAAGACGCUGUGAUCGCGAACCUGCAGAACGAGCUGGCCAGCCUGAGUCAGACGCUGCUGUCCGAGACCACCUUCCCCAGGGGCCAGCGGGGCGCCUCGCAGAAGUGCCCGGGUCUGGACGAGGACAUCGCCGCCAAGCAGAGAGAGAUCCAGAGCUUGAAAAGCCAGGUCAGCGCCCUGCAGCAGGGCUACAGCCAGGUGCUGUGCCAGACCCUGUCCGAGAGGAACUUGGAGAUCACCUCCCUGAAGAGCGAGGGCGAGAACUUAAGGAGGGACAACGCCAUCACGUCAGGGAUGGUGUCCUCUUUGCAAAGAGAUGUGAUAGCCAAGGAUGAGGAAGUUCAACAACUGAAGCAGGAGGUGAACCAACUGAAAAGUGAGAACAAAGAGAAGGAUCUCCAGCUGGAAGCCAUCAGCUCCAGAUGCUCAGUGCUCAAAGAGGCGUUAGAGAAGGAGGACGCGCAGAAGGAGCACCGGGAAGCCCAAGAGAAAGAGCUGAAACUCAGCAAAUCCCAAAUCCAAAACCUGGAGAGAGAAAUGAGGAUGCUCAGGGAGGAGCUGAGGAAGAAUACUUCUGACCAGAGCAUGAUCUCUAAGACGCUUCGAGAAAAGAGCAAGCUGGAGCAUUUCAGGAGCCAGGUCAUCAGGGCCACCUACGGGCGAGCCAGGCCGUUCCAGGACAAGCCCGUCACCGACCAACAGUUAAUAGAGAAGAUCAUCCAGGUCACGGAGGACAGCGCCAGCUUCCAGCAGAAAAAGUGGAGCCUGCAGAAGGAGAGCCAGCUCAGCCACUCCAAGCAGGAGGCGCUGGCGGACAGCAUCGAGAGGCUGCGGGCGGUGCUGGACAGCUGCCAGGCGUGCAUGAAGACGUCUUGCUGCAGCACCGACCUGAAGAAGGAGGUGGAGCUCCUCCAGUGCCUGCAGGUGAGCCCACCUGUGUCCGGGCUCCAGAAGGCGGCGCUGGACAUCGUGCGCCUGUCGCAGUCCUGGCUGGAGGGCGCCGAGGGGCUCCUCCGGGACGUGGGGAUCCAGCUGCCCGGCUCCGACAAAGGGUUGUCUCUGUAUCUGAAGCGUCUUCUGGAACAUUAUAAAAAAGUCACGAGCCGGACGCAGGAACUUCAGAUCAAGAUCAGCAGUUCUGAGGAAACUCAGAAGUCUUUGCUGCAAGAGACACUGCGGGAGCAUCUGGCAGAGAAGGAGAAGCUGAGCAAAGAGAAGCAACAGCAAGAGGAGGAGCUGAAGGCCAGAGUCAAGCGGCUGAUGGAAGAGAAGGCGGCUUUGGAGGGGAAAUUUACUGAAGAGAAAAACAGAGCAAAAGAAGCGUUAGAGGAAGAACAGAGGAAAGUCCGAGAGCUGGAGGAGCGCUUAAGCCACCAGAGGAAGGCGUUGGAGGAAAGCUUUAUGCAAGAGAAGAGCCGAGUGAAGGAAGCACUGGAGGAAGAACAGAGGAGAGUCCACAAGCUGGAGAAUCGCCUGAGCCGCCAGAAGGAGGUUUUGGAGAGCAGCGUGGCCCAUGAGAAGAAAGUAAAGGAGGCCUUAGAGACCGAAAAGAGGAGAGUGCAAGAUCUGGAGAACCACCUCACCCAGCAGAAGGAGGUAUCGGAGAGCAGCAUCGCCCACGAGAAACAAAAAGCAAGGGAGGCCAUCGAGAGGGAAAGGAGAAGGGUGCAAGACCUGGAGAACCGCCUGACCAAGCAGAAAGAGGAAAUGGAUUUUAAAGUGCAAAAGGAAGAUGUUCUAAAUGAUCAAUUAAAGGACGCACUGGCCAUGGUAGAAGAGAGUCAAAGAACAAAGGAGUCCGAGAGUCUGAAAGCAGAGAGCCUGGCCAUGAAAUUAAAUGAGGCGUUAGCUGAACUGGAAACUGCCAAGACAAAGAUGAUCAUGAUGGAGGGGCGGAUACAGCUGCAGCAGCAGACCAUCAAGGCCCUCCACGAAGAACGAGAAUCACUGAAACCGGGGUUUGAAGAAGAAGUCAUGGGGUACAAGGAGCAGAUCAAACAGCACUCCCUGACGAUCGUGAAUCUAGAAAAAAGACUCAAAAAAGUGACCGAACAUCACCAGAAAAUAGAAGAAGAGCUCGCAACUCUGAAGAACAAUGACCUGGCCCAGGAGAAGGCAACGCAGCAAGACCGUCCCCCGGGGCCCCCGCUGGAGAGCCGCACCAAAGACGCAGUGUGUGACCACAUGAUAGAGGACUUGGUGACUGCUCAGAAGGAGAUCCUGUCUCAGCAGGAGGUCAUCAUGAGCUUAAGGAAAAACCUUACGGAAGCCCACAGCCGAAUGUCAGAUUUGAGAGGGGAGCUUAAUGAGAAGCAGAAGGUGGAACUGGAGAGGAACGUGGCCCUGGUCCAACAGCAAAACAGAGAGCUGGGUGCGCUCAAGGAAAAGAUGGCCCAGGUGACCAGCCUGGUGGAGAAGAAGGACCGGGAGCUGGAGAACCUCAAGGAGGCACUCAGAGCCUCCCAAGAGAAACGCAGGCCCCAGCCGCCCAAGGAGAAGCCGCCGAGGCCCAGGAGCACGGCCCAGACGUGUGACCAGAUGGAACCCAUCAUCACCGACAUUUUCGUGAGCAGCCAGGAGGAGCAGUCCUUCUGCGACCUGGGGGCCAAGUGCAAAGGGUCCCGGCACGAGGAAAUCAUUCAGCGUCAGAAAAAGGCCUUAUCCGAACUCCGAGCACGAAUUAAAGAACUCGAGUAUGCAGGCUCGUCAAACGAUAAGGUCCACCAGAAUAAAUCAUUUCAAGACUUAAAGACUCUCAGGAUGGAAAAAAAUGUCCAGAAAAUGUUGGACGCAAACCCCGAUUGGCCAGCUCUCUCAAGAAUAGAGAUCCAAGCGUCUCAAAAUGGCUUUGCCAACCUGGCCACCGAGAAGCCGGAGAAAAUGGACGUGUCCGAGGCUUUGGAUCUCAGUGAAAAGCUGUACCUGGACAUGAGCAAGACGCUGGGGAGCCUGAUGAACAUCAAGGACAUGGCAGGUCACGUGUCCAUGAAACACCUCUCCCCCCAAGAGAGGGAGCGAGUCAACCAGCUGCGGCAAAGGGAUCUCGACCUGGUGUUCGAUAAGAUCACCCAGCUCAAGAGCCGACUGGAGAGGAAGGAGGAGCUUCUGAGAGGAUACGAGCAGGACAUGGACCAGCUCAGGCAGAGCAAAGUGUCCAUUCAGAUGUACCAGUCACAGGUGGCGAAGCUGGAGGACGACAUCUACAAGGGGGUCGAGGAGAAGGCGCUGCUGAAGGAGGCCCUGGAGCGCACGGAGCAGCAGCUGCGCCAAGAGAAGAGGGUCAACCGGGCCAGGAGGCCGCAGCAGGAACAUUCAGAGGACCACGAACAGAGAAAUGCAAAAGAAUCAGCAUCUUGCAACUGUGCCUUCAAAGAGAAAGAGAGGCAGAGACGGGUGUUUGUAGAGACAGUGAAGAACAAGAUGCAGAACUCCGGUUUGCAGCUCAGACUUGGAGCUGGAGCAGCCAUUUGGGGAUCACGAGGCAGCAAGCAAGAGGCUAAAGCCAGCCUCCAACGGCAACGGAAUGGAAAGAUGAGAAGGGCCAGGGGCCGCAUCCCUGUGCUCUGCGCCAUGCCUGAACUGCCUACCUCUGUACUUCCUGUUGUGGAAGACAAUAAAUUUCUUCCUGUUUAA